AUGCCCGUUGGAGCCAAAGAAAGCUUUUUUGAGAUCUUUAAGGUCCGGUGCAGCAAAGCAGAUUUAGGACCAGUCAGCCUUAAUUGGUUUGAAGAACUCACUUCAGAAGCUCCACCAUAUAAACCUGAACCUACAGAAGAACUUGAAUGUAAAGUCAAUAGUUAUGAACCAAGUCUCUUUAAGACACCGCAAAAGAAGCCCUAUUAUAAUCAGUUGGCAUCAACUCCAAUCAUAUUCCAAGACCAAGGUAUACCUCUGCUGCUUUAUCAAUCUUUGUGGUCCUGCAUUGUGGGGAAGGAGGCCGCCGACAGUAAACAGAGAAGCCAUUCCUCCAAGAGGGCCAGAGUGGACCAAGCCAGAGACAUGACCAGCCCUCCUUUCCAUUCCUGUCUUAGCAGAAGUCCUCUCGUGCGAUAUGUGCAUAUAACACCACAAAGAGAAAAGUCAGUGGUGUGUGGGAGUUUAUUUCAUACGCCAAAACUUCCUAAGGGUCAAACACCAAAACGUAUUUCUGAGAGUCUAGGAGCUGAGGUGGACCCAGAUAUGUCAUGGUCAAGUUCUUUGGCCACACCACCAACUCUUAGUUCUACUGUGCUAUUAGCCAAAGAUGAUAAACAGUCUGAAACUGUAUUUCCCAGCGAUUCAACUGCUAUUUCCAAACACUCUUUUUCUAACCCUAAUGAAAAUCUGAAGAAAAAUAAGCUGUCCACCCCUUCUUUGCUGGACAAUGAGAAUAAAAAUGAAGAGGAGGGAGUAAGCCGAGGGAAUUUAUUUGAUGAGGUGAAUAGCCAUGAUGACCAUGUGGGAAGGUCAGAGCCGAGUGUCGUAGAAGGACUUGACACAAUUACAGACCUUUCUCAGGAAGAGAGCUUUACAUUCUGUGUUACUAAAUGUAAAACAGGAAACGCACAGAAAAGAAAGCUUGACAGAAAAGCUAGUGAACAUGAAGCAGCUGGAGGGCCACUAGACCGUGAGCCGGAGGACAGUGAUCCGUUCUGCUGCGUUGUACCAGCCCAGGAGCUCACUGGCAGCCUUCGAGGUACGGCCUCCAAGAAGGCUGCAGCCCCUUCAGCCUUGGAAUGGUCUCCACUAACUCUCUCAGGCCUAAAUGUAACUCAGGUAGAGAAAAUAUCCUCCCCACCAAGCUCUUCUCGUGACAAAGACUCAGUCAAAGCAGAAGAAGACUGUGCCCUCUUCACAACUCCAGAAUAUUCUCGGCCACAGAUUUCACGUCCGCCAGAAGCCGUGGUGAAUCCAAACUGUGAAGGGUCUCAGAAGGACUCCAUUCCUGUAGCCACGCAGACCGCGUCUGGAACUUCCCCUGUAACAGCUCCCCCUCAGUGUCUCCAGCAGUGUCUUCUCCAGAUGAGUGAACGGCUGGAGCAGGCUUCAGGGGCAGUUCUCCCCAGUGAUAUGGCUGAUCCAGACUUCACAGGAGAACCAGAAACCCCCAGAAGUGGCCUGAAAGGAGAUGCUGCUGGUUCCCAGAGCCGAGGUGCCUUCUGUCCACCUGCAUUUGCUAGUGGAAGCUGCCCAGGCACCCCCAAACAGCCUUCUGUACCUCUGAAGAAUGCAGGGCUAAUAUCCACUUUGAAGAAGAAAACAAAAAAGUUUAUUUAUUCUGUAUGUGAUGAAGCAACAUGUUCAGGGGAGAAAAUACAGAAAGAUCAAGAAUCUGAAGCAACUGUUCAUCCAACCCCAUUCCGAGAACCUCUCAGCGCUUGUGCUGCUGACUCAGGUCUGCAGCAUUCUCUUGUUAGAAGGGAGAGGAUCUGCGAUGGUACUGAAGAACCAGCCCUUGCCAUCGGCCGCUCUCUGGGGACUGUUCUGAGAAACACUGCCAGUAAUGAAAGCAGUUUUCAUAACCAGCUCAGGUGUCCUGGUGAUGGUGAUGUGACAAGUCCAGCAUUUUCAAAUAGAAAAGAGAUUUUGUCUGCUGAAUGCCACCCUGCAAUACAGGACACAGAAGCUGAAUGUAGUGGUUAUCACUCCCAGUCCCAGAAAACCUUUUCCUGUCACCAUCCAGGUGCCAGCACUCUGAUAGCAGAGUCAAGCCCCAAGGGCCCUCUGCCAAACAUUGCUGAGAUUUCUAGAGAAAAAGAGACACAGAAAGUAUCAGAGAAACGAAAACAUAAGAAUUGUGAUGCCAUUUUGGACUUUACCAAAAAUACCUCCAUAGAAAAAAAUAAAACAAUGUCUGUCUUUGAUGAAGAUUCUAAAAAAACUGAGCUGUCACCACCUGCAAAGUGCAUGACGGUCCCAUCAUCUGCUACAAAGGUGAAACUUAACCAAAAUACACAUGGAAGAGUCAUCCAAAAGGACCAAGAAGAAAGGGGUUUGACUUCACAAAUAGCUGUCGACCCAAACUCGGAAGAACUGUUCCCAGAGAAUAAGGAUGACUUUGUCUCCACAGGGACAAGUGAAGGCCAUGUGACCAGGGAAUGUCACGAGGCAAGCUCCAAGAGUGUCAAAGAGCCCAUUGUUGAGGGCACUGCUGUGCUGCCUGCAGACUCACAUGACAGACAGACAGACCAAGUACUGACAGUGCAAGACUCUGACCUGCCACACUUAGCCCGGGAGCUGGCGGAAGAGGACAGAAGGCAUCGGAAAACACCUCUCAGUCAAGCUUGCACGCCAGACAUCUCCUUACAGACUGACAGGAAGUCAUGCAGAAAGGACGACCACAUAGAAAGACAAGUGGGGCUUUUGGGUUCCUUUUCAAAUGACAAUUUCAGAAGUGGCUUCAAAACAGCUUCUAACAAAGUCAUAGAGCUUUCUGAGCACAAUGUUAAGAAAAGCAAGGUGCUCUUCAAAGAUAUUGAAGAGCAAUACUCUGAAAGGUUAGCUUGUGCUGAAAUUGUAAAUACUUUCCCAUCAGGUAAUGAGAAAAAACAAAACAGACCACACGCACAGAGCUCGCCAGCCAUGAAUCCUGCAUCUGAGGGUGUGCAGGGCAGUGCAUUUGAGUUUGGUAGUGCAAGGAGUUGCUCAGCUCCUCAGAUCCUACCUCUAAUGCACGAUUUGAGUAGAAACCCUAGCUUAACCCCUAGCCAAAAGGCAGACAUUUCUGAGCUCUCUGCUAUCUUAGAAGAUUCGGGGAGCCAGUUUGAAUUCACACAGUUCAGAAAACCAAGCCAUGUUACAGAAAAGAAUGAAGUUGGAAGAUGCAGAAACCAAGUGGCAGUCUUGAAUGGCUCUUCCGAGGGUCUGCAGGCCGUUGCUGUUGACAUCCCAGCUAACACCCUGCCCACCAGGCACAGAGAUGUGAAGCCGGAUCGUGCAGUUGGAGGUGAACAGAAAGUUGCUGCCUGGCAGAAAAAUGUUUGUGGAAGUACGUCCAGCUCUCUAACUGGUCAGAAUGGCAAGGAGCCUACUGGCUUCUGUUCUGCACGAGGCACAAAAAUCUGUAUUUCUAGCAAGGCUUUGCAAAGAGCUGUACAACUCUUCAGUGACAUAGAGGACGUUGGUGAGGACCCCUCUACACCAGCCAGUCCCAGAGGCUUCUCUUCAAGUGGACGUGCUGCCGUGGGUCUAGUGGCCGAGAGAGAGAAUCUCAACGGUGACACAAAUUCUGAUGAGAAAUGCCAGCUUGCAUUACAAAACACUGUUGAAGAGAACACUGAACCAUGCGAGAGAAAAACAGUGAGUGAAGAAAAUACAUGUGCACGUGCCAAUAGAAACGGCUUAGGAGACGCUGAUGGCAGUAAUUCAAGUGAAAAGGAUAUGGCCGAUAGUCACAGAGCUGAGGAGGGCUCUCCGGCUCUCACUGAUGAGCCCAGCAUGGAUCCAAAACUAUGGGGCCAGUUCACCGAGGAGGGAAACAGUGACAUCAGAGACGUCCUCUCAGAUUUAACUUGUUUGGAAGUUGUGAAGGCUGAAGAAACACUGCACAGUGAGGCUUCCCAUAGAGAACAGUUAGUUUGUAUUCAAACGGGGCACACUGUGAAAGAUGAUGCCAGCUGUCAUUUAGCCUUUCAGACUGCAGGUGACUCACCUGGUAAAGUCACAUGUUCAUUUGGUGAAAAUGCAGAACUGGCUAGCUUUGCAGAGCCUGUGAACUCUGAAUUGCAUUCUAACGGAAAUAACAAAAUGGAUAGCUCUAAUUGUGAGAAAAGAGAGGUAGUUGAAAAACAAUUAGAGAAAGGAAGUAACUUACUUGGCCCUGAAAAUAAUUUACUGACUAUCACCCAACAACCUAGAUAUGAAGUUGAAAAGACCAGAGGAGCUGUCACGGUGGGCUUUCGCACAGCAAGUGGGAAAAAAGUGAAUAUUGCGAAGGAAUCUUUGGACAAAGUGAAACAUCUCUUUGAAGAAAAGCAAGCUGAUAGUGAGGCCGUUGCUCUGAAGCGGGGAGGGGGCUGUGUAGGAGGGCAUGAGUUAUUAUGUGAGGCGCUUGACAGACCCUCUGUCUCAGGGUCUGCAGAAACGGAGGCUUCUCUAGGUGGUGGUGAGAGAAUCCUUGCUCCUAUUAAGACCAUGGAGUUCUCAAGUGGUAAUUUACACAGUCACACUGACCGUCUCAUACCAUCAACUAGUAUUUCUUUACAAGUUGAAGUCCAUGGAAAUCAAGGGAAGAAAGCAGCAGAAAGUCCUGAGACUUGUUACACAGACUCCUCAGCUCCUUCGGCCACUGAAAACCCAGCUUUGGCAUUUUACACGGGACACGGGAGGAAAAUAUCUGUGACUCAGACAUCACUGUUUGAAGCCAAAAAAUGGCUCCGAGAAGGGGAACCGGAAGAUCAGCAGAGCAAAAGAAACACCGCUGGUAUUAUUUGUUUAAAAGAAGACGCUCAGGGCUACGUAGGAAGUCUCUCAUGCAUCACUACCCCGAGAGGCCCAACAGAAAAUGAUAGAAAUAAUCUCACAGAGAAGCAAGAUGUAGAUCCCUUACCUCACAGCGUUUGGAACAGUCCAGCGCUUUAUCCUGAUGAGAUCCAUAGUAAACCAGGCUGUCUCUCAGAAAAGAAACUGGACAGUGCUGGUCUCAAGCCAGUAGUAGCAAAUGCUGUAGAUAAAAAAAGCACAAGUGUUUCUGGAGCCCCAUCAGUAGUGAAAGCAGACACAGCCCAACAAGCGAUCAAGGAAGGCACUUUUGCUCUGGGACUUGCAACUAACAGUCCUCAAGAAAACACAAGCACGGCCAUGUCUGAUGCAAGGAACCUUCAGGGCAGGCCACCAGCAUUCAGUACAGCAAGUGAUAAAAGCUGUAUUUCACUAGAAUCCAUUACAAAAGACAGAGAGAUGUCUGCAGAGCAGUGCUGUGGGGUCGCCCAGAGGAAAGCAGACCCUGGCCACACAGCAAGUGUUGCAGGCCACCCAGAAGCACCCGAAAGUUCAGGAGGAAGUUGCCUGUCACCUUCCCGUGAGGGUGGUGGUGAAAGCAGUGUGCAUUCAUGUGAGAUUCUCGAUAGAAGUUGGCGCACACACGUCUUACAUCACCACCAAAGUUUGUCUGAACUGGAGAAAGUUUUCCAAAUCUCACCUAGUCAAGUUCACCUGCAAACCCCAAGCAGAUGUCAGUUGAACCUGGGCACGCUUCCCAAACCAGUCCCUCCUACGGAUGCUUGUGGAAUCUUUAGCACAGCGAGCGGACAUUCCGUGCACGUGUCAGACGCUUCCUUACAAAAGGCCAGACGAUUAUUUUCUGAGAUCGAAGACAGUGCCACGCUUCCAGCUUCCAAAGGACCCAUUCAGAGUGACACAGAACAUUCAAACAAGACCGCGACACACGCCAAACUGCCGUCACCCCAAGAAAGGCCUUUGUCCACCGUGCCACAUCCCGCUGCCUGCUCUGGAUUUAGCACAGCAAGUGGGAAACAGGUCAUCAUUUCCGACCGUGCCUUACACACAGUCCAGGGGAUGUGGGAGGAGUUGGACCUAAUGGCGGCUGAAUGUCAUCCUCUGUCUCCUACCUCUGGACAAGACGGAGCAGAGGGUCUUCCGCGUCCUCGCACUGACAUGAGAAUCUCCAAGCCCCUGGGGAGCUCUUCAGUGGGAAGGACCUGCGUGAAGGAAUUUCAGUCACAUCCUUCUAAUACAAAAUGUGUUUCUUCAGAGAACUGUCUCCCGGGCAGGGUUUCUCCACAGCCCUUACCGUGGAAACAAGAUAAACAGCACGUGGUAUCAGGACCCAGAGCAUCGCUUGUUGAGAACAUUGUCCUUUUGGGAAAGGAGCAGACUUUUCCUAGAAGUGUGAAAAUGAACACUGGCAGAGUCAAAGCAUCUUCUAAUCUGUCUGUGGGAACAAGUGGCGACGUUCGCUGCACUUACGCCCAAGAUGCAGAAGACAGCUUUGAAACAGAAGCCGUGGAAAUUGCCAAGGCUUUUAUGGACGAUGAGGAGCUGACCGACUCGGAACUGCCAGGUCGCACCAGACGUCGUCCGUUCACCUGCCCAGCAAAUGAGGAAACGGUUGUAUUCAGCUCCAGGGUCGGAAAAAGGAGAAAGGCACUCGUCUCAGCAGGCGAACCCCCAAUCAAAAGAAACUUGCUAAAUGAAUUUGACAGGCUAGUGGAGACUCCAGAACAAUCAUUGCGAGCAUGCACAAGCACCCCGGAUGGCACAAUAAAAGACAGAAGAUUAUUUACGCAUCGUAUUUCCUUAAAGCCAGUCACCUGUGCACCAUUUUGCACAACUGAAGAGCGGCAAGAAAUCCAGAUUCCCAAUUUCACUGCACCUGGUUGGGAAUUUCUCCCUAAGUCUCCUGUGUUUGAACACCUGGCUUUGGAAAAGCCUGCAGGCAGUUUACCCACAUCAGAAAAGCCCUCGCAGACAGCAGGCAAACCUACCAAAGUCUUUGUUCCACCUUUUAAAGCAAAACCACCUAUUCAAAACCAUGGCCAAUCUGCUUCCAAGGACAUCCCUUUCGAAGAAAACAAAGAGCCAUCAGAAAGCAGAGAGGAGCUGGGUUUUGGCACUGGUGAACGUUGCAUUGAUGGAGGGGGAAUUCAUUGGCUUCACAACAGUGACUCAAGUCAGGCUGCCGCUCUGCCUGGGGCCGGGGGUAAAGAGGGCCCUUUAGAUUUAAUUGCAAAUCUUCAGCGUGCCCGAGAUCUACAGGACGCACGGAUUAAGGCCAAGCGGCAGCAGCGUGUGUGCCCACAGCCAGGUGCUCUCUAUCUGGCCAAGACUUCCUCGAUGCCCCGGACCUCCCUGCAGGCAGCGGUCAGCAGCCAGCGGCCCUCUGCGUGUACUCCUCAGCAGUUAUACAUGUAUGGCGUUCCCAAACAUUGCAUGAACAUUACCAGCAGGAGUGCAGAGUCUUUCCAGUUCCACGUUGAGGAUUACUUUGGAAAGGAAAGCUUGUGGACUGGGCAGGGUGUACAGUUGGCUGAUGGUGGACAGCUCAUACCCUCCAAUCUUGGGAAGGCUGGAAAGGAAGAGUUUUACAGGGCCCUGUGUGACACCCCCGGAGUGGACCCGAAGCUCAUCUCUCGAGACUGGGUGUACAACCACUACCGAUGGAUUGUGUGGAAGCUGGCGGCCAUGGAGGUCUCAUUCCCGCAGGAAUUUGCCAGCAGGUGUCUCAGCCCAGAAGGGGUCCUUCUCCAGCUGAAAUAUAGGUAUGAUGUAGAAAUUGACAGGAGUAGAAGGUCCGCCAUAAGAAGGAUCCUGGAGAGGGACGACACCACAGCAAAAACACUGGUCCUCUGUGUCUCGGACAUCCUCCCCUUGGGUGCAGGCGGCUCCGAGACAGCCAGCAGUGAAGCCAGCGGUGUGGACCCCAGCCCCGGGGCCCUGCUGGGGCUCACCGACGGCUGGUACAUGGUUAGAGCCCAGCUGGACCCGCCCCUCGCUGCACUCCUGAAGAUCGGCCGGCUGGCCGUGGGCCAGAAGAUAGUCACCCAUGGUGCAGAGCUGGUGGGCACCCAGGAGGCCUGUGCACCCCUUGAGGCCCCUGAGUCCCUCAGGUUAAAGAUUUCUGCGAACAGUACCCGGCCUGCACGUUGGUAUGCCAAACUUGGCUUCCAUUCCGACCCUCGGCCCUUCCCUCUGCCCCUGCCGUCUCUGUUCAGUGAUGGGGGCAUUGUUGGCUGCGUGGAUGUGGUGGUUCAGAGAGUCUACCCAGUCCAGUGGAUGGAGAAGACAUCAUCUGGGGUGUACAUAUUCCGAGAUGAAAGAGAAGAAGAAAAAGAGGCUGCAAAGUACGCAGAGGCUCAACAACGGAGGCUGGAGGCCCUCCUCUCCAGGGUCCAGGAGGAGCUGGAGGGGCAGGAAGAAAACACAACACAGCGAUGUCUGCCAUCCCAGGCCCUCCCGUGGCAGCAGGUGCGAGCCCUGCAGGACGGAGCUGAGCUGUACGAGGCGGUGAGAAGCGCACCUGACCCAGGUUAUCUGGAGAGCUGCCUCAGUGAGGAGCAGCUGCGGGCCCUGGACCUUCACCGGCAGAGGCUGCAGGAGCGCAAACAGGCGCAGAUCCAGCAGGAAUUCCGGAAGGCCGUGGAGGCCGCACAGCAUGGGUCCCCGGCCUUGUCCCGGGACGUCACGGCCGUGUGGAGGCUGCGCCUUGUUGACUACAGGAAAAAGGACGGCGGCUCAGUUAUGUUGAGUAUCUGGCGUCCCUCAUCAGAUCUUUUCUCCCUGUUAACGGAGGGAAAGAGAUUCAGAAUCUACCAUCUUGCAACAUCAAAAUCAAAAAGUCAAUCUGAGAGAACUGGCAUACAGCUCACAACCACAAAGAAAACGCGGUACCAGCACCUGCCGGCUUCAGACGAAAUCCUGCUCCAGGUUUACCAGCCAAGGGAACUCCUCCUUUUCAACAAGUUAUUAGACCCCGACUUCUGCCCCCCUUGCCGUGAGGUGGACCUGCUGGGCUUUGUCAUUGCUGUUGUGACAAGAAGAGGCCUUGCUCCCUUGGUCUAUUUGUCAGAUGAGUGCCACCAUUUGCUGGCAAUAAAGUUCUGGACAGACCUGAACGAAGAUGUCGUUAAGCCUCCUGCGUUAAUCGCCGCCAGCAACCUGCAGUGGCUGCCGCAGGCCAGCCCCGGAAUUCCCACCCUGUUUGCCAGAGAGUCCACUGUGGUUUCCGCCAGCCCCAAGGAGCCCCGCUUCCAGGAGGCGGCCAGCAGGCUGAGGGCCGUGGAGAACUUUGAGCUGUUCUUCAGUGAGGCAGAAAAGAAGCUAAUGCUCCUCCUCCGUCCCGGUAAUUCCACGGGGUCCACCCCAACUAGACAGCGCCCCUCCGAGCUGGAUGCUGGCCCAGCCACCCCGGGGGCAGAGCACAAGGUUGUGCCAAAAAGGAAGUCUCUUCCCGCACCAGCGUCAGCCCAGAAGACAUGGCGAUCUGGCUGUCAGGUCGAGAAGGGGCCCGAGGACCAGAGGACCCUCCAGAAGAUGCGUGCCCUGGACCUCCUGAGCCGCGUGCCGCUCCCUCCCCCGGUCAGCCCCGGCCACACCUUUGUGUCUCUGGCAGCACAGAAGGCGUUUCAGCCCCCUCGGAGCUGCGGCCCCCAAGGCGGGACACCUGGGAAGGGCAGAGGCCCAGUCCCCCCGCCUGUGCCGCCACUCGGAGCGGUCAGUGAGGCUUCUCCUCUGGGCGCUGACUCAGUAGCAGACGAGGAGCUCGCUCUGCUCAACACCCAGGGCCUCGCGUCUGCUUCAGGAGAGCUGCCCCUCAGGUCUGCCCCCGAUCCCGCUGGGACCAGGCCUGUGAGGUCCAGAGAAGCCCUCAGAGGGCACCGGAACCCCCCACAUCUGAGCUGA